UCCAGAUUGAGUUACACGUGUGUACUUAGUGUUCGAACUUCUUUACCCGCGAGUGAUCAUGAUACUGAUUAUAGCGUUUGUAGCAUUGAUUGCGGUGCUACUUCUUUCAUGGCUAUCCUUGAUGUGGGAUAAGAGAUUAACGAAUGUAAAAGGGCCUACCCCUUUCCCGAUUAUAGGAAGCGGGCAUUUGUUUGCCGUGGAUUCAACGGAAUUCCUUAAAGUUUUAAAGCGAUUAGAGGUUGAAUAUGGAGGUAGUGCAACAAUAUAUAUAUCUUCGAUGCGUUACAUCGUAACUGCUAAUCCAAAGUUAAUUGAGGGAAUAUUGACAAGCACUGAUCUCCUUGCCAAAGGUUACUUAUAUAACUUCAUCAAGCCCUGGCUCGGUAAUGGUCUUCUGACUUCUGAAGGUUCAAGAUGGAAGGCGCAUCGAAAAUUCCUAACACCGGCAUUCCAUUUCAACAUUUUGCAAAACUUCCUGCCCAUAUUCUGUAACAAUGGCAAAGUGCUGACGGAAAAAUUGCGAAAUCUGGCCAACGGGUCACCAAUAAACGUGUUCCCGAUCUUUGCAUUGGCUGCACUUGAUAAUGUCACAGAAUCCAUAAUGGGGGUAAGCGUCAACGCGCAAGAGGACAGCGAGUCAGAGUUUGUGAAAGCAGUCGAAGUAAUGUCAAGUAUAGCUUCGAUGCGGAUGCGCAAUCCGUUCGUGGCGCCCGACGUGGUGUUCAACUUAUUACCCUACAAAGCUGACCAGGACAAAGCCUUGGACAUCCUCCACAGCCAAACCAGAAAGGUCAUCAACGCAAGGCAAGAAGAACUGAAAAACUCUGAGAUCACCGACUUGGGUGCUAAUGCAGAAAUUGGAUUAAAAAACAAACACGCAUUUUUGGAUCUCUUGCUAUUAGCAGAAGUUGAUGGUAAAAAACUUAGCGAUGAACAUAUUAGAGAAGAAGUGGACACUUUUAUGUUUUUAGGCCACGACACAACAACAGCCGGUCUGGCUUAUUGUGUUUACUGCCUUUCAAACCACGAAGACGUUCAAGAAAAGAUUUUUGACGAACAGAAAGCCAUAUUUGGCGAUGAUUUUGAAAGGAAUCCUACAUACAGUGAACUGCAUCAAAUGAAAUAUUUGGAUUUGGUAAUCAAGGAAUCGUUGCGCUUAUUUCCUUCUGUGCCUGUGAUUGGGAGAGAAAUCGAUCGAGAUGUAGAUAUGGCUGGACAUCGCCUACCAAAGGGCACUACUGUGGUGAUGGACUUCUUCAACAUGCAGCGAAACCCUGAGCUUUACGAAGACCCCCUAGAUUUCCGGCCUGAACGGUUCGAGAAUAUCAAUAGAAACCCCUUCUUCUGGCUGGCUUUCAGCGCGGGACCCAGAAACUGUAUCGGUCAGAAGUUCGCGCUAAUGGAAAUGAAGGUCACUUUAUCCGAGAUCGUCAAAAACUUCAAGAUAUUACCAUACGGUGAAGAACCAGAGCUGGGGGCUGACCUGAUACUUCGAUCUCCCAAUGGUAUAAAAGUUAUACUUGAAACAAGAUAGCCCAAGUAUAGAUAGCUCAUUUUAACCCUGGGUUGCACUUAUUCUUCUUCUUUUUAAUCUUCUUCUGAACUUUCUGACAUUAACUAUUUACUUUUAUGAUUUUUAUUUAUACCAAAUUUAGUUAGGUACAGUUAGAGUUAAAGUGAUGCAACUCAGCAAAGUACAAUAAACUUUGAUCUAUUAAUUUCGUACUUGAUUUAUUAAAGAUUCUGACAAAACAUU